AUGCCCGCAAGAUUCAAAAAGACGGGCGGCGCACAGAACCCCCCAGGUCCGCGCGUCCUGUACUGGUUCCGCACGGACCUGCGCCUCCACGACUCGCCGGGCCUGACGCACGCCUUGUCUCUGAACCCCUCCGCCGUGAUCCCGCUGUGGAUGUGGGACCCGCACUACGUGUACCGGCAGCGCGGGGCGGCGAACCGGUGGCACUUCCUCGUCGAGAGCAUGCGGGACCUCUCGCAGAGCCUGACGGCGCUGAACGCGCGGCAGAAGCUGUUCGUGGUGCGCGCGGCCGCCGGACCCGCGAGGACGUUGGCCGCGCUCAUGCGCAAGUGGAAGAUCGACGUGCUCGUCUUUGAAAAGGACACCGACGCGUACGCCACCCGCAGGGAUCGCGACGUCGUCAAGGUCGCCGAGGACAUGGGCGUGCGGGUCGUCAGCCCGAGUGGGCGCACGCUGUUCGACUCCGAGGAGGUCGUCAGGAUGAACGCCGGGAAGCCCACCAUGAGUAUGGCCCAGCUGGUCAAGGCCGCGGAGAAAAUCGGCGACGGAAUGCCCGCGAAGCCGUUGGACAAGCCGACCAGCUUGCCGGAUCCUCUCGAUGAGGAGGAGAUGGAUCUGUCGGAUCUCGAACAGGAAUUGUCUGGUGACGGAGAAGGACCCCGAAAAGCACCGCCCAGCUGGCCUGGUGUCGACGGGAUGGACUACAACGCCGUUCAGAGAACGCUGGGCCUCGACAAAGACACGCAGUACUCUUCUGGGGUCAUGGGGCCGGACCGCGACUUCUCGGUCCCGACUCUAGAGGAGAUGGGAAUCGACCGGUCGUCAGUGACGACGCCCCACAAAGGAGGCGAGACCGCCGGACUGGCGCUCCUCGAACGCCACGUCGCAGAUGAAGAGUACAUCUCGACGUUUGAGAAACCGGCGACCGCCCCGACGGCGUUCGAGCCCGCGGCCACGACGUUGCUGAGUCCGCACAUGCAUUUCGGGACCGUCUCCUGCCGCCGGUUCUGGUGGGACGUGCAGGCCGUGCUGGAGAAGAGGCGCAAGGAAAAGAAACGCGUCAGCGACCAGCCCGUCAAUAUCCCAGGUCAGCUGCUCUUCCGCGACAUGUAUUUCGCCGCGCACGCGCAGGUCGGGGCCGUCUUUGGCCAGACGGUCGGCAAUCCCGUCGCGAGGUUCAUCCCGUGGCACCUGCAGUCGAGGUACUCGACCGACGGGGACGGUAGGCCGGUCAGCGACGGCACGUACGUGGUCGACGACGCGCAGGCCGAAGAGUACUUCCAGCGGUGGAAGCACGGGCGCACGGGGUUCCCCUGGAUCGACGCCCUGAUGCGCCAGUUGAAGCAGGAGGGCUGGAUCCACCACCUCGGCCGCCACGCCGUGGCCUGUUUUCUCACUCGCGGCGGCUGCUACGUCUCGUGGGAGCGCGGCGCCGAGGUCUUUGAGGAGUGGCUCGUCGACCACGAGGUCGCGUGCAACGCCGGCAACUGGAUGUGGCUGUCCUGCACGGCCUUCUUCAGCCAGUUCUACCGCUGCUACUCCCCCGUCAGUUUUCCCAAGAAGUGGGACCCCGACGGCCACUUUGUGAGAAGGUACGUCCCCGAGCUGGCCCGCUUCGACAAGAAGUACAUCUACGAGCCGCACAGGGCGCCGAUCGCGGACCAGAAAGCGUGGGGGUGUCUGAUCAAGGGUGACGGUGGAGAUGGGAAACCGCCAAAACAAGGAGGGGAGUACAAGGUGUAUCCCAAGCCGAUGUUCGACUUUCAGGAGAGGAGACGGUUCUGUCUUGAUCGCAUGAAGGAGGCUUAUGAUGUAGGACUGUUUGGCGAUGAUGAGAGGGUUAUUAGCGGGAAAUGGAAAGAGUUGUUCGAUUUCAACGAUGCUGGGGCUCCGGCAAAGGAGGAGGCGAACGGUGAUGUGCCAAUGGCCGAAAAGCGGGCGAGAGACGACGAAGACGACGAUGGUCAUGAUGGUGCGGAGGAUGACGGGCAUCAGGACGUUGAUGGAAGAGACGACGCUGGUGUCAGUGACGAGAGUCAUGGUCGUCGCCGUGGGAGAAGGAAAGCUAUAAAGCGAGGUGACCCCGACAAUGGCACCCAGCAGCGAACCUUGGACAAGAUGGUAACCCGGAAGAGGAGGUAG